CGUUCCCACCUUCACGAUAUCACCACACUGUAAAAGCCCUAUGGAGCAGCCCCCUCGCGCUCAAGCAAACUGAAAUCUCCGUCAUUGGUGGUGCUUAGCUUGCAGCCUUGGUAAUCAGAAAUCAACCAAUGCAACGAUGCGGCCACCAUUUAAGAUCGUUCCAUACUGUUGCGCCUAAGGACACUCAUCCCAACUUGCAUCUCGAUGGCUGACCUACUCAUCAAAUACGACCUCUCGAAAACUGAAUGGGAACCUCUUCCAGACGGGUCUUUGGGCAGGAGGCGUAUUCUUUCCGGAGCUGAAAUUGUCGAAGACGUCAUGAACCGGCUGUUCAAAGGCUAUCAGACUCUCUUCUUCGCCGUAUAUCUGGACGUCUCCACCAUCCCAACAAGAGUCAUGACUGCUGCUUUCCGUGAGGCCUGGAAAUGGCUUCGCUAUAAUGUUCCUACCAUUGCAGUACCCGUACAAGUCGAUGAGAAAGACAUUUCUCGUUUCGUGUACCAUGCCGCAACGCCAGAAUCGGUCGAAGCUUGGGCAGAUCGUACUUGCAUCAUCAACAAGCAAGAUGUCGUCGACCUCGAUGCCCUUCGCGAGCUCGUUUGCGGCGCGACAGUCCCUUCGGUUGACGGUGAUGCGACUUGGCUCCAUGUUGCGAUCCCAAAGGACACCGAUUCCAUUUCCAAACUCGGUUUCCUUCUUCACACACACCAUGCUCCUUUCGAUGGUACUGCACUCAAGUUUAUCUUCAAUCUCUAUUUGGCGCAGCUCGCAAAAAUACUCGGCUCUGACAUAUGUGCUCCAGAAGCAUUGUCAUGGGGGAAGGAGGUGGACAAUUUGCUACCAGCAGCGUUGAACGUUCUGGCGUCGCAUGAGCCGCAACCUAUUCCUACUUCCUCGGGAGAGACACCAACUACCAACCACCCCUAUUACGAGUCUCUCUUGAAGGCGAUGGAAGCGCUGCGCGCCACAUUUCCUAACCCCAACCUGUGGGGAUUCAGACAUCGUGAAGCUGAUCCUGGAUGGCCUAUUUGCGCACGGGAGGAAGUUACCCUUUGCAGGACGGAAUCUGACGCUGUGAUGGAUGCCUUGAAGAAGUUGAAGAAGGACCAUGCCUUCACUUUGACUCAUCUAGUACACGCCGCGUUGUCCAUGGUUGUCAUCAAUGACAACCCUCCGACGCCAGACCAAUCAUCUGGCAUCAUCGCCCCGCAGGCUUUAGCUAAUGGUCGGGAUCGGCUCCAAGGACCCUACGCUUCUGUGAAUGGGUACGCUGGAUACGCGCUCGGGGUCUCUGCCAUCCGUAUUCCAGUCAAAAAUUUUAUGGAAGACGACGGCAAGCUUUUGCCUAUGAGCAAAGAGACUUUAAUCAAGGCCUGCAUGCACAUCCGAGAGGAGUACAUGAUUCAGAGGGAACUCCCUGCUACCCUGAGCUAUAUGGACCAAGGAUGCCAGGUUCUUGCCGGUGAGAUGAAGGCCGGCGCGCUGGAAAACUCGAUACCGCCUGAUCAGUGUUACAAGUUUUCGAGUGAUGGCAAGGGUGAAACACUGCUACAAGGAGUGUAUCUCGGCACGGACGGAAAGCAGCUGUUUGAAAUCAGUAAAUGGUUCACUGCACUGAAUCGAGUUGAUCCUGCGCCUUUUUUCCGAUUCUUUUCCUGGAAAAGGUGUAUCAUUCUCAGUUCUGACGUGAACAAGAACGUCAUAUCCCUCGAAGAUACUAAGGGGUAUAUGCAGAAGUGGAAAGAAUACAUCAUGUUGAUUACCAAGUGAUGAUUUUCCGACGACAAGUUCGUGGUAGUUGAUACUGUGUCAGCGCUUCGCCUACAGAAACAAUAUACAAAUCC